CGCACACACACACACUCACACGCUAGCGGGCUGCUGGCCGCUCAAUGGACCGAUUUCCCCGGUUUCCCUAAACCCAGCCUUAGCCCGGGAUGAGAAAUUGCAAAAUGGCCCGAGUCGCCAGUGUGCUAGGGCUGGUCAUGCUCAGCGUGGCCCUGCUGAUUUUAUCGCUCAUCAGCUACGUGUCCCUGAAAAAGGAGAACAUCUUCACCACUCCCAAGUACGCCAGCCCGGGGGCGCCCCGAAUGUACAUGUUCCACGCGGGAUUCCGGUCACAGUUUGCGCUGAAGUUUCUAGACCCGUCAUUUGUGCCCAUUACGAAUUCUCUCACCCACGAACUCCAAGAAAAACCUUCUAAGUGGACAUUUAAUCGGACAGCGUUUUUACGUCAAAGGCAAGAAAUUCUUCAGCAUGUCGAUGUAAUAAAAAAUUUUUCUUUGACCAAGAAUAGUGUUCGGAUCGGACAACUGAUGCAUUAUGAUUAUUCCAGCCAUAAAUAUGUUUUCUCCAUUAGCAAUAACUUCCGGUCCCUGCUUCCAGAUGUGUCACCCAUUAUGAAUAAGCGUUAUAAUAUUUGUGCUGUGGUUGGAAACAGUGGAAUCUUGACAGGGAGUCAGUGCGGACAAGAAAUAGAUAAAUCAGAUUUUGUUUUUCGAUGCAACUUUGCCCCAACGGAAGCUUUCCAAAAAGAUGUUGGAAGGAAAACCAACCUUACAACCUUCAACCCCAGCAUCCUGGAAAAAUAUUACAACAAUCUUUUAACCAUCCAAGACCGUAACAACUUCUUCCUCAGUUUAAAAAAGCUCGAUGGGGCCAUUCUCUGGAUCCCUGCGUUUUUCUUCCACACUUCUGCAACUGUAACCAGAACGUUAGUUGACUUUUUUGUUGAACACAGAGGUCAGUUAAAAGUCCAGUUGGCUUGGCCUGGAAAUAUAAUGCAACAUGUCAACAGGUACUGGAAAAACAAACACUUGUCACCCAAACGGCUGAGCACAGGUAUUCUGAUGUACACUCUUGCAUCUGCGAUAUGUGAAGAGAUCCACUUGUAUGGAUUCUGGCCUUUCGGAUUUGACCCCAACACCAGGGAGGAUCUUCCAUACCAUUACUAUGACAAAAAAGGAACCAAAUUUACCACCAAGUGGCAGGAGUCUCACCAGCUGCCUGCUGAGUUUCAGCUGCUCUAUCGAAUGCAUGGCGAAGGGCUCACCAAGCUCACUCUGUCACACUGUGCCUAAGAACUCCAGGUGGAAAGUGCCAAAUGGCUGUUUAAAAGUGCCCCCAAACCAAAUUGAAUAGUCUCCAGAAUAGAACCCCAGAGACAACCUGGCAAAGCUUGUGUGCCACUCACAGGAAAAGAUAUCUUCUCUUUCUCUUUUGCACUGCUCUUUGACUGGUCUUAACAAACAUAGGACAGGUGCAUUGAAGCCACGUGAAUUAGAGUUGAUUGGUAAAGGUAAUAAUGCAUUUGGAAGUAUGCUGCACAGAGAAUGGCUUGAAAUAGUUCUGAGUUUGUAUUUUAAUAAUAAACUGACUCCCAUAUGGAUGAGGACCAUGGCUCUCGUCUCUUCAGCUCUAUGCCAAUUCAGUCCUCAUAACCAGAGAGCUCUGGCCAACUGCAGCAGGAUCUCUUUUGCCAGGGGGAUCAGACUCUUCAAAAACAAAAAACUGUGGUUUGCAGAUUGCAUAUCCUCCUUUUCUCUCUCUCUCUUUCUCUUUCUCUCUCUCUCCUCUCUCUCCAUACCUUCCUCCCUCUCCCUUCCCCCCCUCUGUCAUACAUACACACACACACACACACACACACACACACUCACUCACUCACUCACACACUUCCUGUUUCCCUACUAGCAUUGGAUUUAAUAAUCUGUUAGGAACAAUUAUGGGUUCGCUUUGCUUGUAUGUGUUUGCAUCUGUACUUGAUGUGUUCAAGGCUCUGGGUAACUUUUGAUAUUUCCUGACAAACUGAAAAAAUCAUGAUGACUUACUUCAUGAUGAAUUCUAUAGGAAAUGCCUCUUAUCAAAUUGCCACCUGUCCAUCCUGUUGUUCUACAGGAGGGUGAUCUAGCUGGGUAGAGCAGCAUAUGCUACAGUGCCUCUUUUCUGUCACAAAGGAAGCCCACGGUGUGGGUGGCAUUGCAUCUGUUGGCAUGAGUGAAAUUGUGGCAGAUUCUACAAAGGCCUUCUAGCUUAGGCCUUCCGCAGUCUCUAGGCUGGGCACUCUCUCAGAACAAAGAGGCAUUGGGUGUCAUUUAAAAGCCUGGGGACUAUGAAGAAAAGGGAAGAAGAGUGUUUGCAAGUUAUAUACCCUACCAAGUGUGACCAUUUGAGAAGCACAAGAGUUGGUGUGGAAGACAAGCUAGAGCUUUGGCCAGGCUGGCCAUUAGUCACGUCAGCUCCUUUCUGUGACAGCCCCACCAACA